UUUCAAUCCUUCGUGCGCGUAGAAGUUUUCGUUAGUGAAAAUUUAAUAAAAAAACUUGGUGUUAUAUUUAAAUUUUCCUCUUGAACAUCAACCCUCUUGUACUGCGUUAAGGUUCAGCUGAUCCGUUCGUUAAAAUAAAGUGUUCCGUGUGAUCCAUCCCCACUUUUGGGGAUGCUCUGCUGAUGUGUAAACUUUGCUGCAACUUCGCUGUUGGUGGUGAUUCAUUGUAGAAGUAAAUAGUUUUUUAAACAUCCGUUCAGAGGAACUAAAGUCUAACGUAACUGGUGUUCGGAAAUCUGAUUAAAUUUUCGAGGUGCUCGGCUGUUGUUUGAAUACAAGCAUCCCGGGAGAAGUUUUCUUUUCGUGAGCAAUGACAAUGGGAGAUGAUACUCCAGUCACUUCCUUGGUGCUGCCAAUUCUGAUACGUCCAAUUUUGUCACAGUUGGAGCGUCGUGAUGUCGUAGCUUCGCAGACAUUAAGGGCUGCGCUAACGAAGGCCGAGCAAACGCAUCCCGGUCUUACGUAUAAUUUGGUCAUGGGUAUCAUCAAAAAAGGCGAUAUCAACGUCAACAUGAAUGAGAGCAUUCUUAGACUGCAGGGUGCGGCAACUGAUAGCGAUUUGAUUGAGUAUCGUUUAAAUCGUACGGAGGACGCAUUUCAAGAGCUUAACAAAAAAUCUUCAGCGCUGAAGCGAAUUCUAAGCCGCAUUCCAGACGAAAUUACCGAUAGAAAGACUUUCUUGGAGACCAUUAAAGAAAUUGCCAGUGCCAUCAAAAAGCUGCUGGAUGCGGUGAACGAGGUGGUCGGUUUUAUUCCAGGUUCAUCCGGAAAACAGGCCGUAGAGCAGCGUAAGAAGGAGUUUGUCAAGUAUUCAAAGAAAUUUAGUACGACAUUAAAAGAGUACUUCAAGGAAGGAGAAGCGAAUGCUGUUUUCGUAAGUGCUCUGUACCUGAUACAUCAAACGAAUCAAAUCAUGAUUACCGUGAAGAACAAGUGUGAAUGAGGGGCCUCGUUAGUUGCCGGUGGAUGGUAAUAUUCUAAACUAAACGUUAUUAAAAGUUGUUUUACUCUGCUUUUCCUUGAGGCACCAGGGCCUCCUGUGUGCGUCUUGUCAGUAUAAAAAAGUUGCUCCGAGUGUGCACCUCUUAAAGACAGUCAGAUGAGACCUUCAUUUCUAGAGAGAAAGAGGAAAUAACCUAGAUGUAAACAGAAGAAUCGGUUGUAAUGGAUGUCGUAUUAUCUAUUUAAUAUUACUUAAUUACUAAAGAAAAAUAAAAAUUAUUUUUAUCGGAAAA